GGCAGCUAUGGCGGCCGUACGCGGCCUGCGAGUGUCUGUGAAGGCGGAGGCCCCGUUGGGGCCGGCCUUGGGGCUCCCGUCACCUGAGGUGGAGUCUGGCUUGGAGCGUGGCGAGCCGGAGCCCAUGGAGGUGGAGGAGGGCGAGCUGGAGAUCGUGCCGGUGCGGCGCUCGCUGAAAGAACUGAUCCCGGAUACAAGCAGAAGAUAUGAAAACAAGGCUGGCAGCUUCAUCACAGGAAUCGAUGUGACCUCCAAAGAAGCAAUUGAAAAGAAAGAACAGCGAGCUAAGCGCUUCCAUUUUCGAUCAGAAGUAAAUCUUGCCCAGAGAAAUGUAGCCUUGGACCGAGACAUUAUGAAGAAAGCAAUCCCCAAAGUGAGACUGGAGACAAUCUACAUUUGUGGAGUAGAUGAGAUGAGUACCCAGGAUAUCUUUUCCUAUUUUAAAGAAUAUCCUCCAGCUCACAUCGAAUGGUUGGAUGACACUUCCUGUAAUGUGGUUUGGCUGGAUGAAAUGACAGCUACACGAGCCCUUAUUAAUAUGAGCUCUAUGCCAGCCCAGGAUAAGAUAAGAAGCAGAGAUGCCAAUGAAGACAAGUCAUCUGAGAAAAGUAAAAAAGACAAGCAGGAAGACAGUUCAGAUGAUGAAGAGGCUGAAGAAGGAGAAGUUGAAGAUGAGAACUCCAGUGAUGUAGAGUUGGACACAUUGUCUCAGGUAGAAGAAGAGUCUCUGUUAAGAAACGAUCUUCGUCCAGCUAACAAACUUGCUAAAGGAAAUAGGUUAUUCAUGAGAUUUGCUACUAAAGAUGACAAAAAGGAACUUGGAGCAGCCAGAAGAAGUCAGUAUUACAUGAAAUAUGGGAAUCCAAACUAUGGAGGCAUGAAAGGAAUUCUUAGCAAUUCAUGGAAGCGAAGAUAUCAUUCCCGUCGCAUUCAGCGGGAUGUGAUUAAGAAGAGAGCCCUGAUUGGGGAUGACCUUGGCUUGACAUCAUAUAAACACCGACAUUCUGGUAGUUGCCUGCUCAGCUCUUGGGAAAGAUUAGUGAAUGUUCCUGAGGAACCCAUUGAGGAGGAGGAAGAAGAGGAGGAGGAUGAGGAGGAAGACCAGGACAUGGAUGCAGAUGACAGGGUGGUGGUAGAGUAUCAUGAGGAGCUCCCAACUCUCAAGCAGACUCGUGAGCGGAGCACAUCCAGACGAUCCAGUGCUAGCAGCUCAGAUUCAGAUGAAAUGGACUAUGAUCUGGAGCUGAAAAUGAUUUCUACUCCUUCACCAAAGAAAAGCAUGAAAAUGACUAUGUAUGCUGAUGAAGUGGAAUCUCAGUUGAAAAGUAUUAGGAACUCCAUGAGAGCAGAUAGUAUAACCACUAGCAAUAUCAAAAACCGAAUUGGGAACAAGUUGCCACCUGAGAAAUUUGUAGAUGUCCGUCACCUGUUAGAUGAAAAACGUCAGCACUCACAUCCACGGCCACCAGUCAGCAAUACUAAAUCAGAUAUUCGCCAGCGAUUAGGAAAAAGACCAUAUUCUCCAGAAAAGGCUUUUAAUAGUAACCCAGUGGUCCGGAGAGAGCCCUCUUCAGAUGUACAUAGUAGGCUAGGGGUUCCCAGGCAAGAUGUUAAAGGCCUCUACUCUGAUACACGGGAGAAGAAAUCAGGUAGCUUAUGGACUCGCUUAGGAUCUGCACCCAAGACCAAAGAAAAGAAUAUGAAGAAAGUGGUUCACAGGGCACCCAACACUGAGGAAGAUGAUUCUGAGCUGCAAAGGGCGUGGGGGGCUCUCAUUAAGGAGAAAGAACAGUCUCGCCAAAAGAAGAGCCGCUGUUACCAGCACCCUUUUCCCAAGAAAAGUCAAUUCCCAGGUGCUUACUGGACAGCCUUCGAGGGGGAAGAUGAGGGAAGCAGCCAGCUCACUCUUCCAGGACCCUAGUGUGGGGGCCGAAUUUCACGGACCUGACCUCAGAGGUGCACCUGACGCCCAGGUAGAUAAGAGACACAGCAGCGAUCUCACUUCCAAUUGAUCGUGCUUCUGUUCCUUCCUUGGGGAUUUCUAUUAGGGCCUUUUAUUGGCUGUCAGUUUGAUGUUAAGAUCAAAUUCAGUGCUGUGGGAUUUUUAGGAACAAACAGCUGUGACUUCUGGAUUUGGGGUUGAUUCAUGUGCUAGGGGUGGAGUCAUGGGUUAAUGUUGAACAAUUUUUAAGUCUGUAUUAUGUUUAAAAAAUAUUAAUGACUUAAAAGUUUAAAUUUUUAAUUUUUAUAUGUGGAAAUCCUUCCUGUUGGCUAUAGGGGAAGGUCAAGUGGUGUCUUUUGUGCUGUUAAAUAUAUAUUAUAUACUUUGGAAGAAGGCAAAGAGAGGAGUCUCCUUAUUUUUAAAUAAUCCUAAUUGUAUAGUCUGUUUGUUGUACAUAGAGUUCAGCUUGCUUUUUGGCCAGUGUAGGAAAAAAAAAAUCUAUCCAUCUGAGAUGGGAAUCUUACUGUUUAUUAUUACUUUAGAAGUGAUCCAUUGAUAAUUUAUUCUUUAUGUUUCCAAGUUAUAGCUGAAGACUUCUUCAAAACUGGUAAAUAAGAGAACAGUUUCAGAAAAUUUUAAGCUCCUUUCAGAUUAUUACCAUAAAAAGGAGGUAGAUUAUUUUGUCUUCCUGUCUGAUUUUUAUUUUGAAGUAUUUAAUACUGUAUUCCUCUGCAGGCUUAAAAAUAGCAUUUCCUUUCAGUUCAUUAGAACAGUAAUGAGUCUUUGUCCCUUUGUGAUGUCACACAGCUCAUUACCUGCCUGGAUUGUUUUGUACCCAGUGCAACCCUGGAUCCUAGAAUACUUGACUUGUGGCUGAGCUGAUGUCAUGUUGAUGGCUAAGUACACUGGUUCAAAUGAAUGCAGAACAGAACAGUGUUGCUAAUAAAGGGCUGUGAGACUUGAGAGAGUUGUAAGAAAAACUGUUUUAUCUUCCACCCCACUACCACUCCCCCUAGAAAGAUGGUAGCAUAUAACCAUGACAUGUUUCAGCUUCCUAGGAUUCUGGAAAAAGAAGUGGUUCUGGCUUCUCGCCGAUAGAGACCGAAGCCUUCAAGGUUUCUCAGCUCUUCUUACUCUGUAAGGAACACAGCUCAGAGCCAGGUUCUUAGGAAGACGGCUCAGGGUUUGAUAGAGUAUGAACUGCAAGGGUCUGAGAGCUGGACUGCUUGAUACAUCUGGCCCUGCCUCAUUGACUUGGGCCUUGCUUUUCCCAUCUUGUAAAUGAAUGAGUUGUUACUGAGCUUCUGGCUUUGUUGGUGCCUAUCAGUGGUGGUUUAUUCUUCUCAAAGCUGUGGCUGCAGCACUGCUUUCUGUUGUAAGUGGCCAAGAAGACAACCAGGGCAGGCAUGAGAUUAUAGACAGGGUCUUAUCCCCAUCAGAUUACAGUCUGUAGUUUGGUGGCUUAAAGAUGUCCUUGUGGUUUCACCUGACAUGGACCCUCAGAGUUUAGAAAUGCCCUUCAUAGACUUUUCUGUUUCCCAGACAUGGCCCUUUCCCACCAGUAGCUCAUACCCACUUGUCCCAGGACCUUUCACAACUCACAAGACUCCUGCUAGAGAUCAGGGAAGACAUUAUGAAGGGGGUGUGGGAGAGGGUGCACUCAAAACUUGGUCUUUUAUCUAACCCAGAAAAAUACUCACUUUGGGAGGCUUGCAGUUCCCAUAGCGGAAAGAACACAGAAAGGUAGCUUUAAGGAUUUUGCUUCCUAAGGUUAUUGGCCUUCUUAGCCUUCCUCACUCUCCAGCUAGCACUCAGUCACUCAGAUCUUACAUCUUAUUGUGCCCAGUAUACCCAGUCUUGUCUUUGGAGCUUAGGGUGAGUGUGGAUAGUGAGGACUGCUGCAGGCAACUAGGGUGCUUUCUGUACAUGUGGGCUUUGUCCUUACAUAUAGAUUUUAAAUACAGUUUUGCUGCUUGACAAUAAUUACAGAUACCUCAUUGCUGUUUCUUGCUCUCCCUCUUGGGAGAGGUAUCAGGUACCCAAGAGAACUAGUGAAGCCCACCGCAAGAUGUAAACCUUCCUUCCCUGGUCCCCAUAUAGUCUGAUCCUUUGAAUCCUUCCCUUUGGUUCAAGUUCUGUCCCACUCCCUCUGAAUAGUAGCCUCCUCCCCAACUCUCCUCCAUUCUGCACACUGUAGCCAAGACAAACUUUUAUUGUUAUUGGCAGCUAAAUUGAAAUGUGAUUUACAUAGGGUACAAUUCACCCAUUUAGUGUGUACACUUCAGUGGAUUUAGUGUAUUUACAGAAUUAUGCAACGAUUUCUAUGUCAAUUUUAGAACAUUUUCAUCACCAAAAAGAAAUCCUGCAUCCAUCAGUAGUCACUUCCUAUUCUUCCUUUUUCCUAACC